AUGCCCCUACUUCGUCUAGUCCGGGACCGAAGGGGCACUGGAGGGAGCUGCUCGGACCGAUGCGGCCGAACUGCAGCGCGAUCGGCAGGGAGCGCGGCGCAUCGGGCCGCGUCGCGGCUAGUUCCCGGUAAGUGCGGUCCCGAGAGCGCUGCGCGCGGAGAGGCGUGGAGAGGGGGCUGGGCGCCGAGGACGUCUGGGUCCCGCGCCCAAUGGCUGGGGGGCGCCCCCACGCCGAAGAGCUCUAACUCUGCCUGCUUGUUUCUCUGGCCCCAGAGAGGUGGAGAAGAGCGGGUGUUUGAGAAAGAAGAGGAGGAAGAUGAUGAAGAGGAGGAGGAGGAGGAGGAGGACAAUGUGUCAGAGGGCUCAGAAGUGCCUGAGAGUGACCGCCCCGCAGGUGCUCAGCACCACCAGAUUAAUGGAGAGCGGGGCCCUCAGAGUGCUAAGGAGAGGGUCAAGGAGUGGUCGCCCUGUGGACCCUACCAGGGCCAGGAUGAAGGGCGGGGACCAGCACCUGGCAGCUGCACACGCCAGGUCUUCUCGAUGACAGCUACGAAUAAAGAAGGGGGAUCAGCUUGUGUUGCGGCUGCUCCAGAUUCUCCAUCUCCUGUGCCUUUGCCCCCAGGAAAACCAGCUCUACCUGGGGCUGAUGGGACACCAUUUGGCUGUCCUCCUGGGCGCAAAGAGAAACCGAGUGACCCAGUGGAGUGGACGGUCAUGGAUGUGGUGGAAUACUUCACCGAGGCAGGUUUCCCAGAGCAGGCCACUGCUUUUCAGGAGCAGGAAAUUGAUGGCAAGUCUCUGUUGCUCAUGCAACGGACAGAUGUGCUGACUGGCCUGUCCAUCCGCCUGGGCCCAGCCCUGAAGAUCUACGAGCACCAUAUCAAGGUGCUUCAACAAGGCCACUUUGAGGAUGACGACCCUGACGGUUUUCUAGGCUGAGCACCAGCCAGUCUUGCCCCUCCCCAGCCAGUCAGGAGCUGGAUGUGGGGACUCCUUCAACCUUCCUAACAGACUGUUUCCCCCUUUUCUCAUCACAUCCCUACCUUAGUACAUCCCUCUCCACAGAGGUGGAGUGUGGGGUAGUUGGACUUGGUUGGCUCAUUACAGGGGCCACCCUUUCUCCCCAACCCCAAACAUUUUUGAAAAAAAAAGGGGGGGGAGUUUCCUGUGGCCCCCAAACCCUCUUCAGUUCAGCCAGAUGUAUCUUAUAUACGUGUUUCGUUCUGCCUGUCCUUCUGGUGGUGGGUUUUCCCCGUCCACCCCCGGUGCCCUCCCCCACACCUUGACCUCCAACCUCUGGAGAACAGGUGAGGUAAGGGACCUUGGGUCCCCUGGCUCCUUUCCUUUCUGUCUGUCCAUCGUUGCUCCACCUGGCUGUAUUGCUUUUUAAUAUUGCACCGAAGGUUUUUUAAAUAAAACUUUAAAAAAAAAAAAAAACUAG